CUGUUUAUCGAUGCAACUUGUCGAAACACAAAAUAGCAAUUACGGGAUCGGUGCUCGUCUCUCCGGCAUUACUUUGCCCAGCUCAUUUACAGUGGGUGUUUGGAUACGGCUAAAUAACCAGAAGGCAUUAGCCCAUACUUCCUUAUGGCCUCCACAAACGCCAGCACCCUCUUUGGCGGGGCUGGCUUAGGAGCUACGGCGCAACCAGCGAGCAUCUUUGGGAAUGCAUCUAAAACACCGGCCCCUACAGGCGGAACCAGCUUCGCAAAGCAGCCACAAGUGCAACAGCAAUCUCCGAACUCGGUCUUUGGACAGAAACCGACGCAGGUCAAUGCAGCGCAGCCAUCCGGACAAACGACCCAGCCUGCGUUUUUCAAUAGUCUACUAGAACGCGGCAAAAAGAGACCAAUCUCCGCAAUUGGCCAAAACGGCAACUACGAGGACCUACCGAGCCUUCAAUUGGGUCUCGACGAUAUUCGCAGGAAGGCCCGAGAACUCGGUGCUGGAGGGUCAAAAGAAUCCCAACAGCAUGUACCACACAGCAAGGCUCACUAUUUACUCGCUGCCUCGGGAGUAACACCCGGUCACGCCUUACGGGAUCUCAAGGCUCUGGACCCCCAAGCAUCGGUAGCGACAACACAGAAGGAGCAAGACCUCUUUGAUCCAGACAACCAGAAGUUUUUGAAAAACAUACAACAGCGCGGCCGUCAGGUGAUGAUAACUGAGAGCCUUGCUCGGACCCACAGAGAUUUUGACUUGUUUUUGGAGGGGAAAGUUGACAUGGACUGGGAAGAGCAACGUCGAAAGAUUUUUCAACACUUCGGGCUGGCGCAGAAAGAUGAUGGCGCUGGUGAUUCAAGAGCUGGUUUUGGACGCUCAGUGCGACGGUCUAAGCAGUCCGCCCCCGCGUCUGCCAAUGGCCCUACGUCUACGUCUCGCCGAAGUGUGUUUGGGCGUUCCGCUCUAGAAAAGUCUGUCAUCGGGACACCAGGAACAGGAACGGCAAGCAUCCGACUUUUCGAAGAUCCCAUGGAUCGCAACGAAGGCGCCAGUGGUCACUCUGAUCUUCGCUUCUUACGAGAAAAGAUGGGCUAUUACGCAGACAAAGUCCGACAGCUAAAUUCUGCUAGGCUACAUACAAAGACAUUUCCGAUUCUUCAUGAGUUCUCCGAUGUUGAGGGACAUGUCGGUGGUGAUGUUCCUCGACAAUUGUACGAUGCUUAUAGAGCUCUGAUAAGCAUUGUGGCAGAGCCACCAAACAUCAUCAACAUAUCUGACCCUGCUGCACGCGCAGAACGCCAGUUUUCUGAGGAUUACCUGGACGAAGUGUCAAAUUCGCGCAGGGCAGUAAGUCUGAAGAAGCGGAUAGUUGAGGGCUCUAGGUCAUUCCUGGAGAAGCUUUUCUAUGAUGAGGUUGAGAGUGUCAUCAUUAAAAAUCCUCGGGAAGCGCAAUUGGGUGGCAUACCAACUGUGACCAAUAAGAUUCGCGCUUAUAUUCGACUCAGGGCAGCGCGGAAAGAUCUUGCUCCCGAUAGUACCGAAUUGCAGAUGGUCGGUCAGGACUAUUGCUGGAUUCUCAUAUUCUACCUCCUCCGAUGCGGAUUCGUCACCGAGGCUGCGGAAUACGUGAGCCAGGACCCGGGUUUCCGGUCUCUAGAUCACAAAUUUGUGACUUAUAUGACUACAUAUGCGCAGAACAGACGGUUACCAAGAGAUCUGCAGCAAAAGAUCAACGGCGAGUAUCAGCAGCGGUCCCGUAAUGCGCCUGAUAACACAGUUGAUCCUUAUCGUAUGGCCUGCUACAAAAUCAUCGGACGUUGUGAACUCAGCCGCAGACGCUUGGAAAGUGUUAAUCAAAGCGUUGAAGACUGGAUGUGGUUGCAAUUCAGUUUGGCCAGGGAAGAUGAUCGGGCGGAGGAGGUUGCCGGCGAUGUUUUUGGGCUCGAAGAUAUUCAAACUGACAUCACGGAGAUCGGCCAAAGAGUUUUCGGAAAGGGUCAAGAGGGACCUGGAGGUUAUGGAACCUUCUUCCUUCUGCAAAUUCUGGGAGGAAUGUUUGAGCAAGCUGUCUCAUACCUUGGCUCUUAUGCACCGAUCACAGCCGUGCAUUUCGCUAUUGCAUUGGCCUAUUAUGGCCUUUUGCGUGUGUCUGAUUUCUACACCUCGGGUGAAGAAAUAUUAUCCUUUACUGUUAAACAGUACCCGCAGAUCAAUUUCGGCUAUCUGAUUACCCAGUAUACAAGAGAAUUCCGCACAGGAUAUGUGGAGGCGGCAAUUGACUACUUUACUCUACUCUGUCUCAACGCCGAUCUACCCGGAUCCUUGGGCAAGUCCCAGGCUUCUGUAUGCCAUGAAGCACUACGAGAAUUCAUCCUGGAAACAAGGGACUUCGCUAAAUUGCUCGGCGACAUCCGAUCUGACGGGAGCAGAAUCAAAGGGUUGAUCGAGCAACGUAUUAGUUUGAUCAAGUUAGUUGAUCAAGACGAGUUCCUCAAGACGAUAACGGUGCAAGCAGCAGCCAUUGCCGAUGACAAGGGCCUGAUCACGGAUGCUGUUUUGUUGUAUCAUCUCGCCGAAGAUUACGACCGUGUCAUUGAUAUCAUCAAUAGAGCACUGUCCGACGCCGUUGCUGUGGAAUUAGGUGGGCCUGCCUUGAAAUUACAGCCUUUAAGGCCUCGGACCGAUCCGCAUGACCAUGCUCAAGAAACUCCUCUGGAACCCGGAAGCAGUCUCAGUUUGACAACCGUGGAUAACCCAGUGGUUUUGGCAAAGAAUAUGAUUGGUCUGUACAACGCAAACGCGAUGUAUUACCAGCGAAUCCGCCAAGUCAAUCGUGAUGCAUGCGGGUUGUUGCUUCGGAUGAUGGAGGCAAAGUUGGAAGUCGAGGCAGCUAAGUGGACCCCGGCUCUGGAUGCCAUCAAUGAUCUGAACAUUCUCCCAUUACGCGCCAGAGGUUCCGUUCCCUACAUUAGGAGCGCCGCUCAAACCUUUUCGUCCUUCCCGGCAAUCAUUUCUCAUAAUGUAGGCCAUGUGAUUAUGUGGAGUAUAACAUGUAUUGGCCACGAACGGGAACGACUGAGCUCCGGUGCAUACGAAAAUGAGAUCAGGCAAGGACUGGCAGAUGAAUUGCUUGUCAUGGCCAAGGAUUUGAUGAUAUUCUCCGGGAUGGUGAAAUACAAACUGCCACCGAAAGUAUACGAGACGCUGGCGCGCGCUGGGGCACAGAUUGGAGCGUAUUGAGGAGAGGUCAUCUUAAUACAAUAUAGUUAUGCUGACCAACAUCGCGUGAAGCUUACUGUUUCGAUUUGCUAUAUGUUUAUAUCGAAGUACAACCAGGGUGGCUUUGUGGGAGGCCGAGGUAUAGACCUUUGAAUAAUAACGUAUUUCACCUGUGCUUGGG